AUGCGCGCCCUUUCCCCGCUCGUCCUCCGGAGCUUGGGCUCGCGGGUUGGUCCACGAAACUACCGACCAGCACACUUCACCAUACUUAAGACUGUCUCCAGCACACACUCCAGGACAGUCGCCAGCUACACACACCCUCAUCAUGCCUCCGCCCUCUCCGUCUUACCCACGGCAAUCGACACCUCGUCGCCCGAGUACCAAGAGAACAGCCAGCAGAUGCAAGCACUCCUCGACCAAAUGAGCAGUCUACACGGAAAGAUCGCCCAGGGCGGCUCAGAAAAAGCCCGUGAGAAGCACAUCGCCCGAGGCAAGAUGCUACCACGCGAUCGUGUAUCCGCCCUCAUCGACCCAGGCACUUCCUUCCUGGAAUUAUCCCCACUAGCCGGACACGAGAUGUACGAGGGCGACGACGUCCCGGCCGGCGGCAUAAUCACUGGCAUUGGCACAGUCGAGGGCGUCAACUGCAUGAUCGUCGCAAACGACAGCACCGUGAAGGGCGGCACAUACUACCCCAUCACGGUAAAGAAACAUCUUCGCGCACAGGCAAUCGCACAAGAGAACAGACUUCCAUGUAUCUACCUCGUUGAUUCGGGCGGUGCCAACCUUCCACACCAAGCAGACGUCUUCCCAGACCGGGACCACUUCGGUCGAAUCUUCUUCAAUCAAGCGCGCAUGAGCUCCCUCGGCAUCCCACAGCUCUCAGUCGUUAUGGGUCCCUGCACCGCCGGUGGCGCCUACGUCCCAGCCAUGAGCGACGAGUCCAUCAUCGUCGAGAACCAAGGCACAAUCUUCCUAGCAGGACCACCUCUCGUCAAGGCCGCAACGGGCGAAGUCGUUUCAGCGGAGGACCUCGGCGGCGGCGAGCUACAUUCUAGUAUCUCCGGCGUAACGGAUUAUCUCGCCGUUGACGACGCCCACGCACUCGUGCUCGCCCGCCGAAGCGUCGCAAACCUAAACUACCCCCAAACCAAGCUCCCCGCCCAAGUGGAAGAAAUCACAGUGAAAGAGCCACUCUACGAUCCCGCCGAACUAAACGGCAUCGUCGGGACAAAUCUGCGCCGCCAGAUCCCAGCACACGAAGUCAUUGCGCGAAUCGUCGACGGGAGCGAAUUCGCCGAGUUCAAGCGAGACUAUGGCUCGACGCUGGUGACGGGCUUUGCGCGGAUUCACGGCCACCGUGUUGGCAUCGUCGCCAAUAAUGGUAUCUUGUUCUCUGAGUCGUCGCUCAAGGGGGCGCAUUUCAUUGAACUUUGUGCACAGCGCCGGAUUCCGCUUGUGUUUUUGCAGAAUAUUUCGGGAUUCAUGGUUGGUGCUGAUGCGGAGAAGGGUGGUAUUGCGAAGAAUGGGGCUAAGCUUGUUACUGCGGUUGCUUGCGCUGAUGUUCCUAAAUUUACGGUUGUUUUUGGCUCCAGUGCUGGCGCGGUGGCCGCGCCUACUCCCCCCCGCUUGAUGUUCAUGUGGCCCAAUGCCAAGAUCGGCGUCAUGGGCUCGGAGCAAUUAUCCUCUGUCAUGGAGGCUGUCGGUCGAUCUGCGGAUCCGGCACUGAAAGAUCGAAUUGACCACGAGUCCGAGGCCAUUUUCUCCUCGGCUCGACUGUGGGAUGACGGUGUGAUCCCGCCUGCUCAGACGAGGAAAAUGCUUGGGCUUGGAUUGGCCGCCGCUGUGGGUGGGAAGGCUGAACCAGAUGUUCAGACUAGGUUUGGCGUAUUCCGUAUGUGA